GGUGAAACAAUGAUUGUUAUGAUACAUUUCGAUUAACUGUCUGAAUUUAAACGUGGCCUAUACCACGGUGAAAACAUGGAUCACACUGGAACACAUCGAGGAAAAGCUUUACUUAUAACAACAGAUUAUCCGUGAAACUGAAACUUUGAAAUUGAGCGUUGCUGAAAAAAAGAAUCCUGAAUUACAAUAAUAAGUUGACGAGAAAGUAAAAAAACUCAAAUAUGUCAUCAGUUGGAGUGCUGAUGGUCGCUGAGAAGCCAUCACUAGCCGAAAGCAUUGCUCAGAUUCUAUCAGGAAAGAGUUCUCACAGUCGAAAAGCAAUAACAAAAGCUACGCAAGUUCACGAGUGGGGUUCGAACUCGUUUCCUGCGCUUGGAAGUCGCGUGGCGGGAAGACACAACUUCCGCUACAAGAUGACUUCAGUCUGUGGUCACGUGAACAGCAUUGAUUUCCCGCCAAAAUUCAACAACUGGGAUAAAGUGGCGCCUGAGAGUCUGUUUGAGGCCCCUUGUGUAAAAAAAGAAGCUAACCCGAAGUUAAACAUGGUCCAUCAUUUGGCAAAUGAGGCGCGUGGCUGUUCUCUGCUGGUGUUGUGGCUGGACUGUGACAAGGAGGGAGAGAAUAUCUGCUACGAGGUGAUAGAGGCGGUGGAGAAGAGCAUGAAUCUGCAUGACAAGAGGAGCAGUCCCUUCCCCCAACUCAUCUUCAGGGCCAAGUUCUCUGCCAUCACUGCACAGGAAAUUAACCAGGCCUUCGCCACCCUGGGUGAACCGAACUAUCUGGAGUCGUUGAGUGUGGACGCGAGACAAGAACUGGACUUGAGAGUGGGAUGUGCCUUCACUAGAUUCCAGACCAAGUUCUUCCAGGGCAAGUACGGGGACCUGGACUCGAACUUGAUCUCCUUCGGACCCUGUCAGACCCCCACUUUGGGAUUCUGUGUGCAGAGACAUGAUCAGAUCCAGUCUUUCAAGCCGGAGGCAUUCUGGACCCUGGACGUGACGUGUGACAAUCGGAGGGUGAAGUGGAGUCGGGUGCGCAGCUUCGACCGCGAAGUCAUCCUCUCCUUCUUCAACGAAAUCAAAAACGAAAAAGAAGCUUACGUUUUAAGCGUGGACACGAAAGAAGGCUCUAAGAAGAAACCGCUGCCUCUGAACACGACUGAGAUGCUGAGGUCUGCCUCCUCUGGACUGGGCAUGAGUCCCCACCAGACAAUGGCAGUGGCGGAGAGACUGUACACUCAGGGCUUCAUCAGCUACCCGAGGACGGAGACCACAUCAUACCCUGCCUCUUUCGAUCUUAAAGGUACAGUUGAUUUACUAAAUCGAGGAGAGACCUUCAAGUCUGUGAUAGACACCAUCAAACUAGUCGGCCCAGGAAAUAACAUGAGCAAGCCCAGGAAAGGCAGUGAUCAUGGUGACCAUCCACCUAUUACCCCAACACGAAGUGCCUCGCCCGCCCAGGUAGGAGGUGGUGAAGCGUGGAAGCUCUACGACUUCAUAGUGCGAACUUUCCUCGGUUCUGUGUCGCCCGAUCUGCUCUACCUACAGACCACUAUCAAGUACAAAGUGGGCUCUGAGCUAUUCGCCGCGUCGGGAAAACAAGAAUUGGACCCUGGAUUUACAGUAGCCAUGCCCUGGCACGCCCUUAAGUCUUCAGGCGGUGGAUCAGCCGCGGAUGGAGACGAUGAAGACGCAGUGUUGACUAUGUCGGAGUCUGUGAAGCCAGGCCAGAAGGUGAAGGUACAGGAAGUGUCUCUGGGAGAACACCAGACUGGACCCCCUGACUACCUUACAGAGAGUGAUAUAAUUACCUUGAUGGAAAAACAUGCUAUUGGCACUGAUGCAAGUAUCCCUGUGCAUAUCAAGAACAUCUGCGAUAGGAAUUACGUCACAGUGUCUACAGCGGGAGGAGGAUCCAGGAAACUUGUGCCCACCAAUUUGGGAAUAGUACUCGUGCACGGAUACCAAAAGAUCGACUAUGAGCUUGUGUCCCCCCGAAUGCGAGGUGCGAUGGAGGGGGAGCUGAACCGAAUAGCGAGUGGGGAGAGUGAUUUUAAAGGGGUAGUGGAACAUUUUGUGGAGAUAUACAGACGGAAGUUCAUGUUUUUCACCUCCAUGAUACAGAACCUGGACCAGUUGUUUGAGGCGAACUUCACCACUUUAGCCCAAACCGGAAGACCACACACGAGAUGUGGUAAGUGCAACCGGUACCUGAAGUUGAUAGAGUCCCGCCCCACCCGACUGCAUUGUGGUACAUGUAGAGACACCUACAACAUCCCUCAGAAUGGGGCAGUGCGCAUACACAAGGACUACAGGUGUCCCCUGGACAAUUUUGAGCUGUGCUACUUCACCUCCAACUUGGCCCACUUCGCCUUCUGUCCCUUCUGCUACAAUGAGCCUCCCUUCGAAGACAUGCCCAACUCACAGACAGGCUGCAACAAGUGCACCCACCCCACCUGUGAACACGGGAUGAUAGCCAACCAGUGGAAUGUGGCCUGCAGUGCCUGUGCAUGCCCCCUAGUGCUGGACCCUGGACACACUGGACCCAAGUGGCGCUUCUGUUGCAGUGGAGGGUGUGGAGUGGUGGUCGCUGUGUGUGAUGGAGCUGAGAGAGUGUCCAUAUCACAGGAGAAAGAGUGCGAUGAUUGUGGGGCUAGACUACUCACCGUCGCGUAUAAAAAAAAUAAAACUCCAUUUGAAGACAAGAAGCUAACUUUCACUGGCUGUGGAUUGUGCAGCGAAAUUUUGCGCAAGCUCAUUCACAUGCCCUCCAACGGCUUCAAGGCUAAUGACCACAGAGGAGGCAGGGGAGGUCGCGGCGGGGGGAGGGGAAGAGGUCGGGGCUCCAGAGGAGGGAGAGGGGGUGUUGGUCCCCCCAGAGGAGGUGCCAGGGGUGGGGGCAAUAGAGGCAGAUGACAUGGAGAAUGUAUUGAGAACUCACUCUGUUGAUUGUUCACUCAGCAAUAAAUUGUGUUUUGAAACUGUAUCAGAUUAAGAAUUAAAAGAUAUUAAUUCCGCAGUUUUUGUUUUAUAAAUAAAUCUGGUUUUUAGAGGCCCGUAAAAUUUUUCUUUACAGAA